CGGGCCGCCCCCUCCCCGUGUGUGAGCCGUGCCGUGCCGUUCUGCCGGCGGCCGUGGGCCCCCCCCGCGCCCGCCCAGCCCAGCCGAGCCGGGGCUGACGGUGUCCGCAACGGGAGGAGGAAGAGGAGGAGGAAGGCUCCGGGGGGCUCCGGGCAGCUGAGGGCCGGCCGCCCCCCUGCGCGCGGGAGCCUUUGUGUCCCCCAGCCCCGGCGGAGUGCGGGGCCGGGGGCAGGGAGCGGAUGCGGAGAGCGGCUGGUGCUGCUGGAGGAGGAAGAGAAAAGGGGGAUGGUGGAAGAUUGCUCUUUUUUUUUUUUUUUUUUUUUUUUUUUUUUUUCCCCCUUCUUUUUUUUGGUGGUCUCUUCGGCAGCGGCUCCUCGUCCCCGGCGGCGGCAGCAGCAGCAGCAGCAAGGCGGGCGAUGACCGUGCCGCAUCCGGAUCGCCCGGGCGGAGGUGCGGGCUCCGCGGCCACCCCCCGGCCCUGAGGCUGCCCACCUGGAGGAGGUAGAGCCGCGGGGCUGCGGCCGGGGGCUGGCGGCGGGAAGAGGGGGAAAGACCGCCUCCCCAUCCCCACACACCCUCCGGGAUCCAGUGUGAGCUGCGGGAGGAGAAGGCAGCGGAGGAGAGACUUUUUCUUCUUCCUUUCCCCUCAUACCCCCCUUUUAAUUUUUUUUUUUUUAAUUUUAUUUUUAUUUUUAACAUUUUUCUUUCCUUGGGCGACGAUCCCUGCUCCUCCUGUGCCUCCUGGUACCGUGGCCAGCUCUGCUUUUCAUGACUGGAUUGUGGCAGCAGCAGCAGCAGCUCCCCGCUGCAGGUUGUUGAGGAACCGAUGGGGAUUGGCAUCUCGGCAACCGGAGGUGACUAAAGAAAUGCUGAAUUCAGUACUCUGCAAAAAUAGCGUAUGGAUUUUCAGCACCUGAAGAACAAGGAAAGGUCACAGAUUCUGGAUACUGGCUGUGGGAUUUUUUUAUUAUUAUUUUUAUUAUUUUUGAUUGGCUUUUUCUCCCUUCUUGGAUGUGAGUUGAAGGCCAACAGCUGAAGUGUUGAAAACCAGUGCAGAAGGACACUCACCUUGUUUUGUUUGAACCCUUGUUUGCUGGGAUACUUUCAAGCCCUCCUUCACAGUCAUGUGGUCAUCACAGCUGCUGUUCUUCACAAUGCUCUUAACACCGUUAGCCCAUGCUUUCAGCCGUGCCCCGGUCCCCAUGGCUGUGGUCCGAAGGGAACUGUCCUGUGAGAGUUACCCCAUAGAGCUUCGCUGCCCGGGAACAGAUGUUAUCAUGAUUGAAAGUGCCAACUAUGGGAGGACUGAUGAUAAAAUCUGUGACUCUGAUCCUGCUCAGAUGGAGAAUAUCCGCUGUUAUCUGCCAGAUGCCUAUAAGAUUAUGACUCAAAGAUGCAGUAAUCGGACCCAAUGUGCCGUUGUGGCCGGCCCUGAUGUGUUUCCAGACCCUUGCCCUGGGACGUACAAAUACCUGGAGGUUCAGUAUGAAUGUGUCCCUUACAAAGUGGAGCAAAAAGUUUUCCUUUGCCCUGGACUGCUAAAAGGAGUAUACCAGAGCGAACACCUGUUUGAAUCCGACCACCAGUCUGGUGCCUGGUGCAAAGACCCGCUGCAGGCGUCUGACAAGAUCUACUACAUGCCCUGGACGCCUUAUCGAACAGACACACUGACGGAGUACUCCUCCAAGGAUGACUUCAUCGCUGGGAGGCCAACCACGACCUACAAACUCCCGCACCGAGUGGACGGCACAGGGUUUGUGGUGUACGAUGGGGCUUUGUUCUUCAACAAGGAGCGAACCCGAAAUAUAGUCAAGUUUGACUUGCGGACAAGGAUAAAAAGCGGGGAGGCUAUCAUAGCUAAUGCAAAUUACCAUGACACCUCUCCUUACCGCUGGGGAGGCAAGUCUGAUAUAGACCUGGCCGUGGAUGAGAAUGGGCUAUGGGUAAUCUAUGCAACAGAACAAAAUAAUGGCAAAAUAGUCAUUAGCCAGUUAAACCCUUAUACAUUAAGGAUUGAAGGGACGUGGGAUACUGCCUAUGACAAGAGGUCAGCUUCUAACGCUUUUAUGAUCUGUGGGAUUUUAUAUGUGGUCAAGUCUGUGUAUGAAGAUGAUGACAAUGAAGCCACAGGGAAUAAAAUAGACUACAUAUAUAACACUGACCAAAGCAAGGAUAGCAUGGUAGAUGUGCCCUUUCCAAACUCCUAUCAGUACAUUGCUGCUGUGGAUUAUAAUCCCCGGGACAACCUUCUCUACGUAUGGAACAACUAUCACGUAGUGAAGUAUUCCUUGGAUUUUGGCCCGCUGGACAGCAGAACAGGGCAGGCUCACCAUGGGCAGGUUUCCUAUAUUGCCCCACCAAUCCACCUCGAUUCGGAUCUGGAGCGACCACCAUCUAAGGGGGUAUCAACAUCAGGGGCACUGGGCCCGGUGAGCACCACUGCCAGCACCACACCACGAAUGGCCACCAGCAGCACUGGCCGCCCCACCACCACCUCAGCUUUGGGUAGGAGGAACAGGAGCACCAGCAUGCCCUCACCCAUGGCUGAUGUUCCUGAUGAGAUGACCACGCACCUCCCACCCGCCUCCUCCCAGCUGCCUCCAGCUGGUGCCGAGAGCUGCGACCCUAUGGAAGCCCGUGAUAUUAUGUGGUCUCGGACCCGGCAGGGACAAAUGGCAAAGCAACCGUGUCCCAUGGGCUCGAUAGGUGUUGCAACUUUCCGGUGUCUUGCACCAGAUGGAAUCUGGGAGCCCCAGGGACCAGAUCUCAGCAACUGUUCUUCUCCCUGGAUCAACCACAUCACUCAGAAGAUGAAGUCAGGAGAGAUGGCUGCCAAUAUUGCCCGAGAGCUUGCAGAGCACACCAGAAACCACUUGUAUGCUGGUGACAUCACGUACUCCGUGUCUGCCAUGGUUCAGCUGGUGAACCUGCUUGAUGUGCAGCUCCGAAACCUGACGCCAGGUGGGAAGGACAGUGCUGCACGCAGCUUGAAUAAGCUUCAGAAAAGGGAGCGCUCUUGCAGGGCCUAUGUCCAGGCCAUGGUGGAAACGGUGAACAACCUCCUGCAGCCGCAGGCUCUAAAUGCCUGGAGGGACCUGAAUGCAAGUGAACAGCAACGUGCAGCCACCAAAUUGCUUGACACUGUGGAGGACAGUGCCUUCGUGCUGGCUGAUAACCUGCUGAAGACUGACAUUGUCCGUGAAAACACCGACAAUAUCCAGCUGGAAGUUGCAAGACUAAGCACAGAUGGCAAUCUGGAAGAUCUGAAGUUUCCCCAGAACACGGGCCAUGGGAGUGCCAUUCAACUUUCAGCAAAUACCUUGAAACAAAAUGGUCGGAAUGGUGAAAUCAGGGUAGCUUUCGUGCUGUACAACAACUUGGGCACCUAUCUCUCCACGGAGAAUGCUAGCAUGAAAUUAGGAACUGAAGCGAUGUCUACUAAUCACUCCGUCAUCGUCAACUCCCCUGUCAUCACGGCAGCAAUAAACAAAGAGUUCAGCAAUAAGGUUUACCUAGCUGAUCCCGUGGUCUUUACUGUCAAGCAUAUUAAGCAGUCAGAAGAAAAUUUCAAUCCAAACUGUUCAUUCUGGAGCUAUACUAAGCGUACCAUGACAGGGUAUUGGUCCACCCAAGGAUGUCGCCUCCUGACAACUAACAAGACGCACACCACAUGCUCCUGCAAUCACCUAACCAACUUUGCAGUCCUGAUGGCACAUGUGGAAGUUAAGCACAGCGAUGCAGUGCAUGACCUGCUUCUGGAUUUUAUCACCUGGGUGGGCAUCCUGCUGUCACUUGUCUGCCUCCUGAUCUGCAUCUUCACCUUCUGCUUCUUCCGUGGGCUACAGAGUGACCGCAACACAAUUCACAAGAACUUGUGCAUCAGCCUUUUUGUAGCAGAACUUCUCUUCCUCAUUGGCAUCAACCGGACUGACCAGCCGAUUGCUUGUGCUGUUUUUGCUGCCCUCCUGCACUUCUUCUUCCUGGCGGCUUUCACCUGGAUGUUCUUGGAAGGUGUGCAGCUCUACAUCAUGCUGGUGGAGGUUUUUGAGAGUGAACACUCCCGGAGGAAGUACUUCUAUUUGGUUGGCUAUGGCAUGCCUGCACUGAUCGUGGCUGUGUCAGCAGCAGUGGACUACCGGAGCUAUGGCACAGACAAAGUAUGUUGGCUCCGACUUGACACCUACUUCAUUUGGAGCUUUAUAGGACCAGCGACCUUGAUAAUUAUGCUUAAUGUAAUCUUCCUUGGGAUUGCUCUCUAUAAAAUGUUUCAUCAUACUGCCAUACUGAAACCUGAAUCUGGAUGUCUUGACAAUAUCAACUAUGAGGAUAACAGACCCUUCAUCAAGUCCUGGGUGAUAGGUGCGAUAGCCCUGCUCUGCCUAUUAGGACUGACCUGGGCAUUUGGACUCAUGUAUAUUAAUGAAAGCACAGUCAUCAUGGCGUAUCUCUUCACCAUAUUCAAUUCUCUGCAGGGAAUGUUUAUAUUCAUUUUCCAUUGUGUCCUCCAGAAAAAGGUACGUAAAGAGUACGGAAAAUGCCUGCGCACACAUUGCUGUAGUGGGAAAAGUACAGAGAGCUCUAUUGGCUCAGGAAAAACCUCGGGGUCACGGACACCUGGAAGAUAUUCCACAGGCUCACAGAGCCGGAUUCGUAGGAUGUGGAAUGACACAGUUCGAAAGCAGUCCGAGUCUUCCUUUAUUACUGGAGAUAUAAACAGUUCAGCUUCACUCAACAGAGGAGCCAUGGCUAAUCAUCUUAUAACCAAUGCUCUGCUUCGUCCUCAUGGCACUAACAACCCUUAUAAUACAUUGCUCGGGGAAUCGGCGGUCUAUAACAACCCUUCUGUCAGCAUGUACAACGCACAAGAGAGUGGCCGGAUGCCCAAGCAGGAGCCAGUCUUCAGGAGGGUCACCAUGGAAGACAGCGUCAUCUAGCAUCUGUACCACACCACCCUGGCUCCUCACUGCCUCGGUUUGCCCAUCCUGCCACGGGAGGGCCCAACAGGAGAGGCCCAGCCACCAGCCUCGAGAGAAUCCUCAGCAAACCCUCUCAUCCUCACGGAGAAACCAGCCUGGCCAGGCUUUCUGCUGCACUGAGGACCAUACCUUCUUGCUUGGCUGGUUUGUUGCUUUUUUUAAGAUGAGCAGAACUGGCAAAAAAAAAAAAAUUAUUUUGCAAUUCUGUCUGCUCCUAAUGUUGGCUUCUUGACUGGAAAACACAGACAUGAGCGUGCUUGCCUCACUUCCUGGACCCCGCUCCACUGCAACCAGAUCCCUGCUGUAAAUACAGGGAGUCAAAGAGGGAAGGAAAAAAUAUACAAAGAAAUGACCUUGGUGCCAGAAGAAGGUGAAUUGCCAUCACUUGUAAAUAGGGAUCGACCAGCACACGUACCUAGCAAAGGCUUCUGGGGAAUGUUGCUUGGAUUUUAUUGUCAUGUGUAAAUAGAGAUAUUUUUUGUAAAAAUAAGCCUUAGUUUCUCGCGGAUCAUGAUUCUCCCUCAGCUCAGCUGGGGAUAGAUGGACUGGAGAGCCUGGCAAGAGUCCUGCAGCCCAGCCAUACUGUGGCAGCAUGGGAGGCAGCUGGAGGAUGAGGGCAGAGGACUCAGUAGGAGUUUCUCCUUCGCUCCUACCAACAGGGAGGACUUUCUGGCCUUUGUUCUCCCCAUGGAGCUAUACCCACUGAGGGCUUGGGUACCUUGGUGCAGGUGUGGGUGGGAUGGGCAACAUCAUCAUGAGGGAUACAAGCUGUGUUGGUGUGGUUCCCAUGAGUCUUUUAACAUUAAUUAAGAAGGAAAAAAAAAAAAAAGAAAAAAAAGAAAGAAAAAAAUACACCAGAUCGUGAAUGGCAUUGGGCCAAUUCUUCAGCUCAGUCCUGCAGUGCCAGUCAGCAAGCAGGGCUGUGCUUCAGCACAGGGUUUUGAAGUGUGGCAAAAGUGGAGGAGCCAUGAGGUUUCAACUUCACCCUGCACAACUCAAAGGCUUCUUCUUCCUCAUUUACUCUGAGUCCAACUGCAGAGAUUCAUGCAGCAGAUGGAAAAUGCUUACCAGACUGAAAAAAAAAAAAAAAAAGGAGCAUUUCUGAAAAAAUGACCCGGAAUAACUUCCUCUAGCCAUAAAAGGCUGUCACUUUUUUUUUAUUUUUCUUUUUUUUUUCCCCCAGAGAUAAAAAUAGGAAAGAUUUCUUCUCAGAAAGAGUGAUGAGAUGUUGGCACAGGCUGCCCAGGGUAGCGGUGGAAUCACCAUCCCUGGAGGUGUUCAGGAGAUGUGGAGAUGACCACGGAGGGAUGUGGUCAGUGGGCAUGAUGGGAAUGGACUUGUGGUUGGACUUGGUGAUCCUGGAGGUCUUUUCCAACCUUAAUGAUUCUAUGAUUCUAAGAUUCUAUGAAAAUCAGGAAAAGCAACCCCUUGCUUUGUGCCAGAAAGGUGCUGGGAACUAGCCAGUAAAUUAAGAAGAAAAGAAAAAAACCUCCCAAGAGUUACGAAAGAUUUCAGCACAAGAAGAUGACCCUAUGCAUUCUACAGCCCGAAAGGUUAGAGUUGAAUCCUGGCCUGGGGAAAUAUGGGGUGUUGCAUAGGAUGAAAGCUGGCUGUGAUUGAAAGCAGAAAUCCCCUGGGUUUUUUUUCAGUUUUUUUUUGUUUGUUUGUUCGUUUGGUUUUGGUUUGUUUUUUUUUUUUUCCCAGUAGAUCACUAGAAAGCAGCUGGGUUGCUUUUUUUCUCAUUGCAGCCCUUCCUAUGAGUUUUUCUCCUCAGAUAACUUUGUCCUCCUGCACCCAAAGCUUCCAGUGUGAUGUCUAGAGGAGUUAUUCUACAACCAGCAGUGCCAAUGGGCGCGCUUUGAUACUUUGUCACUGAUGGUGACAGCUCAGAGCCCAGCCCAAGUUCUAACAAAAAUGACAAAUCCCAUCCAGCCCCUCCACCCUGAUGGCAUGCAGAUUGGCAGCUGCAGACAUGAACCACCAUGGCAUGGGAUAAUGCAACCAGCCACAGCUGGAGGGAUCCAAGAUUUAAUUGACAAAGCCAGUGCAUCCCAUUAGCACCCCCAAGUCAUGUUGCUCCCCAGGCAGAGAUUUGGUUCAAGCCAGCCCCAAGUCAACAGUGAUUUACAUUUCACUUGCUUUGCAUAACGUCAGUGGACUUCCUUACUCCUCAGGCAUGGAAUGAAUCUUAAUACAUUGUAAUUACUGUACUCCUGUUGAUGACACAGUAUGAAAAACUAUCACGGAGAGCAUUAAUAAAAUGUACAUUAUGAAAAAGAAUUGGGUACCGUCUAAAAUGAGUAGUGCACCUGGUUUUACCAUCUACACCAGCUCAUUACAGCUGCCCUUGUGUUUACUAUUAAAAUGCCUCAUCCAGGCUGCU